CACAUCCCCAGGCCUCCCCCUCGCCCGAGCUCAGCAGCUCCCCUCCCUCGUCUCGCCUCGCCGGCCGCGAAGGCCCCAUCCUCUCCGGCGGCGGCGACCGCCCACCACGGCGGCGCCACCGACGCCGCCGCACCGACCUUAGAUGUCCGCGGCCGCCGCGUCCCCCGCGCUGCGCCCGGCGCCGCGGUGGGGCGGCGCACCGUCGCACCGCCGCCUCGUGGAGGAGCACCUGGCCUCGCUCCCGCACGGCCUCCCGCGCCUCCGCCACGUGCAGGAGCUCCACGCGCAGCUCCUCAAGCAGGGGCUCCACCGGGACCCGCACGCCGCGUCCAAGCUCAUCGCCUCCUACGCGCUCCUCCACCGGGUCCCCGCCUGCCGCCGCGUCUUCUCCGCCGCCGCCGCGGCGCUCCCGAGCGUACCGCACGCCGCCAGCACCACCUUGCUUGCCAACACGCUCCUCCGCGCCUACGCGCUCAACGCCCUCCCGCACGCCGCGCUCGCCGCCUUCGCCGCCAUGCCGCUGCGGCAGCGGGACACCUUCACCUAUUCCUUUCUCAUCAAGGCGCUCGCCACGGCGGGUGUCGCGCCCAUCCGCGCGGCGCACUCGCACGUCGUCAAGCUCGGGUCCGUCGAGGACACUUUCGUGGGGAACGCGCUGAUCGACGCAUACUCCAAGAGCGGCGCGGUCUCGGACGCCACGAAGGUGUUCGACGAAAUGCCGGUGCGGGAUGUCGUGUCCUGGAACACGGCCAUGGCCGCGAUGGUGCGGCAAGGGGAGGUUGCUGGUGCGAGGAGGAUGUUUGAAGAGAUGCCUGAGAAGGACACAGUGAGCUGGAACACCAUUCUGGACGGGUACGCCAAGGCUGGGGAGGCGGAGCAGGCCUUCGAGCUGUUCCAGCUCAUGCCAGAGAGGAAUGUGGUGUCGUGGUCGACGGUUCUGUCAGCCUAUUGCAUGAAGGGUGACAUGGAGAUGGCACGGGUGAUCUUUGAUAAGAUGCCGACCAAGAACUUGGUGACAUGGACCAUAAUGGUGUCAGCUUGUGCGCGGAAGGGGCUUGUCGAGGAGGCAGGUAGGUUGUUUACUCAGAUGAAGGAGGCUGCCGUGGAACUUGAUGUAGCUGCCGUUGUGAGUAUCCUGGCUGCAUGCGCGGAGUCUGGCUCCCUUGCCCUUGGGAAGAGGAUUCACCGCCAUGUGCGGCAGAGGAACCUGGGGAGAUCAACCCAUGUAUGCAAUGCCCUGAUGGACAUGUUCUGCAAGUGUGGAUGUGUUAACAGAGCUGACUACAUCUUUGACACUGAGAUAGUAGAAAAGGACUCGGUGUCAUGGAACACUAUAAUUGGAGGGUUUGCAAUGCAUGGGGAUGGUGGAAAGGCACUGGACCUAUUUGCUGAAAUGAAGCAGCAAGGGUUUCGCCCUGAUGCUGUGACCCUAAUCAAUGUUCUCAGUGCCUGCACGCACAUGGGGCUUGUGGAAGAAGGGCGCCAGUACUUUGCCAACAUGGAGAUAGACUAUGGCAUCAGGCCUCAGAUAGAGCAUUAUGGGUGCAUGGUUGACCUUCUUGGCCGUGGAGGGCUGAUCAAAGAGGCGGUUGACAUGAUCAAAAGUAUGCCAUGGGAGCCCAAUGAGGUCAUAUGGGGAUCCCUUCUCAGUGCGUGCAGACUGCUCAAGAAUGUGGAGUAUGCAGAACUGGCAGUGGACGAGUUGAGCAAGCUGCAGCCCUCGAAUGCAGGGAACUAUGCUGUCCUCUCAAACAUCUAUGCAGAGGCUGGGCAGUGGAGCGACAUGGCAAAGGCGAGGGUGCAGAUGAAAGAAACAGGGUCUCAGAAAACAGCAGGCUCAAGCUGGAUAGAACUCGAUGAGGCGUUCCACGAGUUCACAGUUGGGGACAGAAAGCACCCAGAGUCAGAGCAGAUAUCCGAGAUGGUCGGUAGGCUGAGUUCGCAUGUAAAGCGUGCUGGCUGCAUUCCAGCAGGCCAUGAACUGCUUGUGCAAUGAGUCAUCUUCCAAGCGCAUGCUCGUGGUUAUACUACAAAUGUGGAAUGCUCCACAGGUGAUUUGCGCUGCAGGCUGGCUGUGUAAUCCGAAGAAAGGAAAGCACCAGCUUCAGUGAAAUUUGUGGCACUGCCUGCAACCAAAAAGUGAAACUAUGACACGGCCUGCAAUCAUGACGAUGCUACGGCAUGGUACAGAAGUUUUCAUGAUGGACUAGGAUGCCCAAGAGAUGGUUCAACCAUUUCUUAGCGUCAGCACUUCUGCCAUCAGCUUUGCUCUGCUAAUCUGCCACUGUGAUGAAAGGUGCUGAUGAUAAGGACUGUCAAACUACUGACAAUACAGUGAUUGGUUGGUCAGAUUGUUGGCGUUUCUCAAUUCUCAGCAUCUGCACUUGUGCCAUCAUUUGAUCCAUAGAAGAUAUAGAAUUAGGCUCUUCUCAAAAUGCAUAGAGUAAUGGUGAGAAGACAGGAGGUUCAGCAAAGCAAAUUUUGCCGUUCCAUUGUGACAGUGAAGUGAUUAUUUUGGAAGAUGAACUAGUUAUGGGUGUUUGCCUGUUGGUGGCCCCAAGUUUUUACAUGUAUCAUCUUUGUAACAUGUGCAUGAUUGAGAAAGUACAGAUUAUUUCAAAUGGAGUUUGAGUAGAGGCACCUGGAAAUGUGCUUCGAAUGUAAUCAAACACACCGCAUUUCGCUGUUCUCUUGAUGUUUGUGAUUUGUUGUCUCAGUGCUAUGAUAUAUAGCUCAAUUUAUUUCCAGGAUAGUCUGGUCAGCUUUU